UGUAUCUUCAACUUCUUUUCUGAUACGACUGAAGCUUAGUAUUCUCUUCUCUGAACGACUCGGUUCCUACCUGAAAGCGUUUGAUUAACCAAAUUGGCUCGCGUUUCAAACAUCCGAGCUCUCCAGGGCUCCAUGUCUGGGGAAACUUAUCGAGGGACAUUCCUGGGGUCAAUAUCUCCCUGGGGUGUCUCUAGAAGCCAGACACCCCAACAAGCGAUUACACAUGGCAAUGAUCCAGGUGUUUUACAACGUUCCCAGGGCGAAGACCAUACUGUCACACAUAGACACAGAAUCAGCUUGCAUCGGUACCCGAAAGACUGUCCUCCUCUGAAAGUAAGAUGGUUCUACGCUGUCGACUCGCCCAAAUGGAAACCGGCGCUCUUCGAUAAGGAGAGUCAUGAAACGAAACAACUAGCUUCCCCGAAAAAAUUCGUUCCUUUUUCCAAUAAAGAUUCAGAGGCUAUUGAAACUACAUUCCAAAAGUUUUCUGAAUUGGAGCUUGGGGGCGAAAACCCCAACCCCAGGCAUGGCGAAGACCAUGAUUGCGGGCGCAGCACAUCAACCAAGGUGCCCGUCAACGAGGAUUAUCUAUUUGAUGUGGACGUGGACCGCAGAGAACUCAGCCCUGCCUACUGGAAAGGGCCCAUAUAUGAAGUGCGCCGUGGGACUUGGUUCUUUCAGGACGGCUCCACUAUCAAACCAUGCGAGGAAAAUCUCGCUACCCAGCUUGAAGAAGGUUAUCUUAAAGUAAAGCCAUGGCGGAUACCAAACAGACGGCUUCAAUCUCAUCCUAGCCAGCAUUCAUCUACUUUGCCAGCCGAUGAUCAAAACUCAAGUGCCAUAAAUUCAAAUACGGUCUUUGAUUCCCCCGGUCCAACCGAGUUAACCUCGUCUGCAUAUCACAAAGAUAACGCCAACAUGCCCCCUACUCCGGCCAACCAGUCUCAAAGCUAUAGACUAUUUGGUGCUUACAUGAACAGCAUAGCUACGUAUCAAGACUCUUCAAAAGCAUUGUUGGCCAACGAUGACUUCAUGUCUAGGGUGAGCACAACUGUUUAUCAAAAGUUAGGCGGUGUUCCUGGAACAAAGGUAGUGCGUGGAUUCAGUGAUGCGAGGAAGCAAAAGGAACCAGCUUCCAACAACAUUGCGCGGAAAUCAGAUACAGGGUCGCCCUCUGGCUUUCCUGGGACGAUUCCUACGGAUUCUCAAGACAAAGCCCAAACAGAGACCCUCAAAAGCAGCACAGCUCAUGGCCAAAGCCCAGGUAACCAAGGCGUUUCGGACAAAAGUCCAAGAUCAACCCUGGAAAGACAAAUGUCUUCUCUUGCCGGCGAACCACAGAAUACAGAUGAACUCGAAGAGCAAGCGCGUAGGCAGGAGGAGAAGGAGAUGGAAGAUUCGCGAGAAAUCGACAAUGAAGAUAGGGAACGGGAAGUUGAUCAUUUGAUCCUUGUUACACAUGGGAUUGGCCAAAGGCUGGGCUUACGCUUAGAAAGCAUAAACUUUAUACACGAUGUCAAUGUCCUGCGCAAGACUAUGAAGGGGGUAUAUUUAGCCUCGCCUGGCCUCCAGGAAUUAAAUUCUUCAUACGCAGAUAAGCACAAAAAUUGUCGGGUUCAGGUACUUCCUGUGAGCUGGAGGCAUCUUCUUGACUUUCCACACCACGGUGUAAGGCAAAACCGAAAAGAACUUGAUCUUACGGACGCAGACGUCUUAGACAGUGACCUUUACCCAAGCCUCGCCGACAUUACGCUAGACAGCGUGCCGUCGGUACGAAAUCUGAUAUCUGACUUGGCAAUGGACGUGCUCUUAUACCAAAGUGCAUAUUGCGAGCACAUUUCUACCAUUGUCAAGGAUGAGUGCAAUCGCAUUGUCAAGCUUUAUAAGGAACGAAACCCGUCGUUCCAGGGAUCGGUGAUUCUUUGUGGCCAUUCCCUUGGUAGUGCCAUUCUCUUUGAUAUACUGUGCCAUCAAGACCAAAAUCCCAGCUCUACAAAGCAAGAUUCUGGUGCGGAUACGAGCAUUGGCCAGCAAGAAGCAUCUCCAAGUCGUUCGUUUGACUUUAAAUGUGAGGAAUUUUUUUGUUUGGGGUCACCAAUUGCACUUUUCCAGAUGCUCAAAGGAAAGACAAUCUCCGGCAGAAGAUCUGUCUAUCCGUCGCCGCCACCAAACGCCUCCACGCGCUAUCCAGCUUAUUCCAGUACCGAGUUUGGGUUGAACGACUCCAGAUCUAUUGUAUCGUCGCCAAAUUGCGGGCAGUUGUACAACAUAUUCCAUCCAUCUGAUCCUGUAAGCUACCGUAUGGAGCCACUGAUAUCGCCGGCAAUGUCGUCGCUGAAGUCUCAACCCUUGCCAUCUGUGAAAAAGAGUCUUUGGACAGCAUCCGGGGAAAGCUUGUCAGUAUUUGGCAAUCGGGUAGGUCAAAGCGUAGGUUCUUUGUGGAAUAACCUUACUUCUGGUGUUGCGAGUGGCUUGCUCAAUCGUGGGCUGAGUUUGAAUUCGGGGGAACAUUCUCAGCAACGAUCCUAUAUUGGCUCAGAAUCCCAGCAGACCUCGACGUCAGGCUCUGCUAGUCUGGAUUCUCCAGGUGGAUCCGACGAUAUCGGACAGCAUACUGUGCUAAAUCCGGCUAUGGAGACACUGUAUAAUGGCACACCUGGGCUUAACGAUAGGUUCGGCAAAAAUCAGUUCCAGCCGAUAGGGCCCGAGUCCGAUGACUACGGGCAUACUCAGCACGAAAUGAAGCUGAAGGCUGAGGACGAAAAAGUGCGGUCAUUGAACUCGAAUGGACGAGUUGACUACAGCAUCCAGGAAGGGGCUUUUGAUAUCUCUUUAAUUGCCAGCAUCGCCAGCCACCUUACAUAUUGGGCAGAUGAGGAUGUCAAUCAUUUCAUGCUUUCCCAGAUGUUAUCUAGACGCAAUUCGCGUCCCAAACAAUAGCCAGGCAUUUGACCACUGACUUCUAGUACAAGAAUUUACCUCGGCAAUGGGUUUGGAUAGAGCCGUUUUUAGAUGCCCACCUGGUUGAAGGGCUUGGUGAUGAGGAAAAAGGCAGAUUAACUCUCUCUCUGCCUAUACACCUUUUGUCUUCCCAUCUUUCUUUUUUUCUGAUUAAUUCAUUGAUGGGCCCGUUUUAUACUGCCAGGGCAUGGAU